AUGAAACCCUCAAAUUUCUCUCUUCUCGCCAUAUUGGCUGCGGCUUUGGCUAUCGGGUCCCCAGUCCCUGGAAUAUCCGAGACUGUUAAACCUUUGGGUCAACCGGGCCCCCUAUCCGUAAACAAUAUCACUGUUGGGGAGGCUACCGGGAAGUCCUCCCUCCCUAUUCUCUCAACAGGGGAACCAGUGCAGUUUCCCGGGCCAAACAAUGGCCAAUAUGGCAACAUGUCAGUUGCCACGGCUGAAACGGUCAAUCUAAAGCGCCGAGACCAAUGGUCCUAUGGUUGCACAAGAGAGAUUGAGUACAAAUGGGGCCAAUGCAUCAACAUGAUCAACGCCACGCCUUACCGCUGGCGCAAGGGGUACUCUCACUCCUACCGCGUGAGCGCGUGGGAGGAUAGAUGGCCCGAGUACAUCGAGCCCGGCGAGUCCAUCGCCGUCCUCGCAAGGACGACCAGCGUCAGUAUAUUCCGAAAUGCUGACGACUCCGCCGGGGAGGUCGCCUACCACCUAGAGGGCACCGACAAGCCCAUGUCGUUCAUGCUGGAGUACCGAUCCGGGACCUUACACCUCCCCUGGAUCCGGCUCCUCGAGGACCUCGAGGUCAUGAACCACCACAAGGGGGCCGAGUUCAACCUGGGAGCGAGAGUAUCCCCAUAUGGCGUCGGCUUCAUCCUCGCCGGGACGGAGGGGGACUUCGUCACCAACGACGGCCCCGCGGCGUGGAUGCAGGCCAUGGUCGACGACAUCGGCCACAAGCCCCUGCGCGAGAUCGUGCUCGGCCGCAGCCACCACGCCGGCAUGUACAAGGUCCAGGGCGGCUUCCCGGGCAUGGAGUGGAACACCGUGACGCAGAUGGCCACGCUGUACGACCAGCUGCGCAACGGGGGCGCCCGGGUGCUCGACGCGCGCGUCGUGAGGGCUGCGGGCGGGAGGUUCCGCGCGGGCCACGGCACCCUGGCGCUCGAUAGCUGGUGGGGGACCUGGGGUGUCGCGUUCGACGAGCUCAUCGAGCAGACGAACCAGUUCAACGAGGACUACCCCGGCGAGCUCAUCAUCUGGGACUUGCACCCGACCGAGGCCUUCGAGAGCGAUGGGUAUCUUAGUGGGGAGCGCCGCGCUGAGUUCCUUGAAAGCCUCAAGGCCUUGAACCAUCGCGUCCGUCUCCCGGAGGGUGUGGACAUCACCAAGAUGCCGCUCAACAAGUUCAUCAACUCAAGGGACAAACAGCCCGCCGUCAUCAUCCGGGUUGAUGAGCGGUGGCUCGAGGAUGUGGACCCGGCGGAUUGGCCGGGACCGAGCGAGGGGUUCGUAACGAACAGGCAGUUUCCCAUGACAUCGACUUGGUCCGAGAAGAUGAACAUCGAGGACGUGGUCGAGCACCAGCUUCAGAGCUUGGACGAGGUCGAAGUGUCCCGGACCUCGGAGGUCUACGACAUGCAGUGGCUCCAGACGCUCGUGGGGUUCUUUUCGGUCUGGCCAUUCGGUGCCUCUCUCAUCUCCAUAGCCGAUCAGGCUUGGGAUGCGGCAUUCAGAGACUUGUUCAAUGCGCUCACGCCGGAGCGUUAUCCUAACUGGUUGACGUUUGACAAUAUCCGGAACUCGGAGAUGAAGACGCUGGUGAUGGCGAUGAAUCAAUGCUUCGUCCUUGACAAAUGCGGGGAUUGGGUGCAUGAGAGACGAUAA